AUGACGCCCAUCGCCAUAAGCGGGCUAUUUGCUGCGGGCGCCACGGGCCUACUUCUAAACAACUUCCGCGCGUCGAUAGUUAUGCUGAUCUCCAUGACCUUCUUCCUCAUUGGGGGUCUCAUCUUCGCGACGAUGCCUGUGGACCAGACCCACUGGGCGCAGACGUUCGUGGGGAUCAUUGUUCUUCCAUGGGGCAUGGAUUCGUCGUUUCCCGCUGCCACUAUUAUCCUGUGUCGAGCUAUGCCGCCCCAGCAUCAGGGUCUUGCUGCGUUGCUGGUGACUACAUUUGUUAACUAUUCCAUCUCCAUUGGGCUUGGUUUUGCCGGUACUGGCGAGAGCCAGGUCAAUGGUCAAGGGAAGAAUAUCUUGCAGGGCUACCGAGCGGCAUUUUAG